UUAUCAAUGAACAAGUGAAAACUUGAAGAGGACUCGAACCCAGCUCAGGUUCUACACACAUACUAUAUUUUAUUACUCCAGUCAUAUAUCAGAUCACAGAAGAAUACACCAACACCAGAUUGAUUUAUUUCUAUUAGCUCAUAUUUGUAGUAGAACAAAUAUAGUUAAUUUAUUUUAAAUUACUUCUAAAUCUACUUUCUCCGCCAUGACUGUGGAGCCUUUGGAGAUCACAGCCACUGAGCUGGUCCACAUCCUCCGGACCCCCCGGGACCAGUGCGCCUCAGCCGGCGGCGUGGUGCUGGACUGCCGACCUUUCCUCGACUUCUCCAUGGCGCACAUCCGCGAGGCCCGGAACGUGAACUGGAACUCGAUGAUGAGGCGCCGGUCCAAGGGCUCGGUGGUGGCUCUGGAGUGGCUCAUCCCGGACAAGGCGCUCCUCGGUCGGCUGCGGCGAGGGGACUUCUCCCCCGUGGUGGUGGUGGACGAGAGCAGCCGCUCUGUGGCCGAGCUGCGGGCGGAGAGCGUGGCCCAGAUGCUGCUCACCGCCCUGCAGAGCGAGGUCCACACGCACAUCUGCUUCCUACAAGGUGGAUUUGAGGGAUUUUCGGAGGCCUCUCCAGAGCUGUGCUACAUCUCUGCCAGCAGCCAACUUCCCUCAGUGGAGCCAGAGCCAGUAGUGACCGGCCGGAGGACGCCAGCGUACGAUCAGGGUGGUCCAGUGGAGCUGCUGCCCUUCCUGUUCUUGGGCAGUGCCAUCCACUCGUCCCGCAGAGAGACCCUGGCAGCAGCCGGCAUCACGGCCGUGCUCAACGUCUCCUCCACCUGCCCCAACUUCUACGAGGGGGAGUUCGAGUACCUGCAGCUCACGGUGGAGGACACUCUGGCUGCUGACAUCAGAGCCUGCUUCGCCACAGCCAUUGCCUUCAUUGACUCUGUGAAGCAGAGGGGUGGUCGGGUGUUUGUGCAUUGCCAGGCAGGCAUCUCCCGCUCUGCCACCAUCUGUCUGGCCUACCUCAUGCACACGCAGCGCGUGCGGCUGGACGAGGCCUUCGACUUUGUGAAGCAGCGACGUCACGUCAUCUCCCCCAACCUGGCCUUCAUGGGACAGCUGCUGCAGUUUGAGACAGACGUCCUCUGCCAAGGAUGAAGAGGAAGGAAAUUGACAUGACUGUACUUUUACUUAAAUCUUCUGCCUCUUGUAGGCAUUGUGCUGGACUAAACAUAUGUACAAAUAUACUGUUUGUACUAUCAAAGCUACUUGUGUUGCUGCCAGCACAUGGCUGGUGGAUCCGGAUUCUUACUUCCAGCAGUUUGCAACAUAAAACCCCCACUGUAAUAACCACAUUAUGAACAAUUGUGAUCCUGAGCCAGCAAGGUAGAGCAGCUAUGAGCUAAUAUCCCCUGACGUUUUGUACUUAAGAGAGAGAGAGAGAGAGAGAGAGAGAGAGAGAGAGAGAGAGAGAGAGAGAGAGAGAGAGAGAGAGAGAGAGAGAGAGAGAGUGUGUGUGUGUGUGUGUGUGUGUGU